CUGCCAGAAGUAGCGUAGCAUCCCCCAAGUGUAGAUCUAGAAGAAGAAAAAAAAACAAAACAAAAGAUGGUGACGGUGGACGUGAAGGCGCUGACGGCCCCCGUGGGGAUCGUGAGGAUCCUGGAGGUGAUCUUCACCUGUAUCUCCUUCAGCCUGGUGGCGUCCGUCACCCGUUCCACCGACUCAUUUUGGACUUGGUGCAUGUUCACCUGGUGCUUCUGCUUCUGCGUGACCGUCCUUAUACUUUUGAUGGAAUUCCUGAGUCUGGGAUCAAAGUUGCCAAUUUCCUGGGAUGACUUCACCACCGCCUUUGCCAUGUUGGCAACGUUAAUGGUGCUGAGCGCAUCCAUCAUCUUCGCUACGGUCUUCACGUGCUCAUCCUGCUCCGAACUGAUCGCGGCGUGCGUGAUGUCCUUCGUGGCCUUUGUCUUGUACGCCGUUGAGGUCGGCCUGACCCGGGCCAGACCCGGCGAGAUCAGCGGCUUCCUGUCGACGGUGCCGGGUCUCCUGAAGGUGCUGGAGGCGUACGUGGCCUGCAUCAUCUUCGUCUGCUUGCAGUACAGCAACUACAAUCUGUACGCCGGGUUGCAGUGGUGCGUCGCCGUCUACUCCAUUUGCUUCAUUUUCGCCCUGCUCAUCAUCAUUUGCACCGUUUGUCGCCUGCUGAGCCUCUUCCCCGCCCCGUUUGAUAAAGUCCUCAUCGUGUGCAACAUAUUGGCCGUGUUGAUGUACAUGACCGCCGUGGUCAUCUGGCCGUUUUACAGCUUCAAGAACUAUCCCCGACCCGCCAUCUGCUCUCUCUUUCCUGCGUCGUGUGCAUGGAACAUGUUGGCCGUCGUCACUUUUAUGACGUGCGUCAACCUUAUCGCUUACAUCGUUGACACCUUUUAUUCCUUCCGGCUUGUCUUCUUCAUGAGCAGAAACUGAAGCUAUAUAUAUAUACUGUAUAGUGGUACUGUAUACUGUAUAGUGGUACUCCAAAUGUAAUGUAAACCCUGCUUUGUACAUCAUGUUCAACACUAAAUACAUCCAAAAUA